UGUCUAUAUAUAUCCAUAAUUUAUUUUUAUAAUUAUUACAUGAAUGCAAGCAAGUGUAUAACUACUAUACUACAAAUGGAUCAUCAUCAUGAAAUCAUCACUGCUCAAACUAAAACCCUAGCAUCAUCAUCAUCAUCAUCAUCAACAUAUAAUGAUGAUAACAACAAGAAAAUGUAUAGAGGUGUGAGAAAGAGGAAGUGGGGAAAAUGGGUAUGUGAAAUAAGGCUACCGAAUAGCCGUGACAGAAUCUGGUUAGGAUCAUACGAUUCACCUGAGAAAGCAGCAAGAGCUUUCGACGCUGCCCUUUACUGUCUUCGUGGUCGUCAUGCAACUUUCAAUUUCUCUGAUUCACCUUUUCAUUUGGAGAACACUGCAGUUUCUAACGAUCCGCAACAGAUUCGAGAGAUUGCUGCUAACUUUGCCAACAAAAAUCCACCAAUUGUUAUUGAUAGUAAUAAUAAUCAUAAUAAUGGAAAUAAUAACACUGAUCAAUCCAAUGUUGUGCCUGAAAUUAAUGGCUUUUCAGGUUCUUCUACAACUAUGCAUGAUAUCGGGAACACUAUUGAUUGGACAUUUUUGAACAUGUUAGAAGAACAUGGUUCAAAUUAUGAUCCUAAUUUAGUUAGUUCUGAAAAUUAUGAUGAUUUUUUCUAUUCUGACUUAGAAAAGAUGCAUUCGGAUGAGUUAUUGUAUUACACUUUACCGCCGCUUUUUGAGGAUCAUAAUACUAAUCAAAAGGAAUUAGUAGAAGCUGAAGGUGAUAAUGAUGUUUAUGAUGACCCUUUUUGUCAGCAAUCAUUCCUUUGGAACUUCUGA